UCCAUCUGUGAUCUGUCUGUCGAAUUAGACCCUUGAGAAUAUAUCCAUCAUCAGUCUCGGAUCUCCUCGUUUCAAGGGUUAGGGUUUGCCUGUACAAGCACUGAUUCUCUCUCUAUACACAAAAACCAAUACCUGAAACCCAACAAUGGCGAUUAGACAAUUCUAUAACCAGAUUAAGGGAUUGAAGUUGAAGGAGGUGCCCGACCAUGUCAAGCCCAUGCUUUCGAUCGGUUAUGUGAAGCAGGCGGUACAAAGGGGCUUGGACAACUACCACGCCAAAUACAUUGAGACCAGCUCAGUCGAUCCUCUAUUUCAUAUCUGCUUCGGUGGCAUGAUCUUCUCCUACCUUCUUGCUCUCCCAGAGGAGCGUCGUCACCUCGAGCACAAGCUGCACGCCGCGGAGCACGGAGGCAAGCACUGAUUCCUACUCAGUGGGUUGUUCGUCUGGUUGACGUGCAGGGAUCUAUGGUGAACAUCUCUACCUUUCAAUUGAUGACGAAUGGUUUUCUUAUGUUAUUUUUGGCAUUUCUCGAACAUGUAGGCAGAAAUCAUACUGUCGUUGCCAUUGUGUUGUGGCCACUUAAUUGAUGAAAUAAGACACGCUUGAAUGUGAUGAAGAGUGUCAAGCUUUUGUUAUUACUUGUGUCAUUUCCUGUUGAAUGAAUUGAAAUCAAGUUUGUUUGCGUUGCUGAGUUCUGACUAUGGGGAUGAUGUGCUGUGGUUAUUGUUC